CGUAUCAUACGUGGCGCGAAGAAUAGAACGCGGACGCGUCUGAGCACUGUGCGGCGUUGUGACGUAUGAACAGGUGACGUCACAGCACACAGUGAGACAUCAGCGGAGGUCGGGCACCCGGGCUGACCAGUCGUGCAUGAGAGAGAGCAGCAAGCAAGCCUGGUGAGGGAAAGUAAAAGAUGCGAGCUCACAUGUAUAAAAUGAGGCGCCUCGAACGUGCAUGGGAGAGAUUCCGACAACGACUUCUACACGACACAGUCAUCGUCAACACAGUAUUACACGCGGCUAGCUAGAACAGAGAGAUCAUGACGUCACCGAUGCUAUUCACAACUCUGCGAGCAUGCUACGGGCUCGUCGUCGUCUUCGUCGUCGGCUUGCUGCUCCUCCUGCCGACCGUCGCCGACGCCAUGCCCGCACCGACGACACGGCUCGACGGCACCGGCAUGCGACACAAGCUCGAUAAGAUCAUGGGCAAGAUGGCGACCGCCUACGUCAAAGUGUGUCCGUUCGGCUGCGGCAGCUCGGGUCUGGCGGCCGACGAGUCGUGCGACAAGCUGAUCGAGUAUGGCGACGGACAGGUGCUGCGCAUCCCCGCCGUCAGGGACGUCGGCAGCCACGCACAGGUAGUUGACGGCAUCGUCGACCUGUGGUUGAACUAUUCUCGUCUGCUGCGCUGGCUGGACGCGGCGAUCAGCAGCGUGCGCGACGAGUUGCCCAUCGCUCCAGAGAACCUGCUGCCGUACUUACGGCGUGUCGGCGGCAACAGACGAGGCUCGCCCGCCGGCCUGCUCGAAAUACUGCGCAACUAUACACAGCGCAUCGUCGCCGCAACGACACUAGAAGUGUUCUACCUCCCGGACAAUAUAAGGUACGUGACGUUGAGUGGCGACUUUCCGUUCAACAGCUGA